UCAACAGCACAACGAACUUUUAGCGGUGACUUUUAACAGCCCCACAGACAUGUAGCAAUUGUGAUGAUGUUGCUAGUCAGCCUGUUUUCGUGUUUCUUCGGAGCUUUGAUAACCUUACCAUUGGAAAGCACUAUGCAUAGUCAAUUUGUUUGCUUUAGUAGAAUUAGUCAAUGUUUUACCAUACACCACCUAAACCACAUAUUAUAGGACUAGACUACAAACAGUUCAGUCAGGAAAUGCCGACAUGGGACCAAGGGUAAGGUUGAGAUAGAGAUGAGAUUGGAUUUUAGUUUCUAUAGAAUAGAGAGUGGGUUGAUCAUGCUUGCUAACUAGUUUCGAGUUUUGAAGAGAUAUGGGAUCCCCAGUAUGGCUGCUUCUCUUCUUCUUUGUUCCCAUAACCUUACACCACCUUGCUGCUCAAACCAUAACAAAAGGUGACGUCUCAUGCACUUCGGCAGCUGAAUUGUGCUGGAGUUGUGCUGAUUCCCGCAAUUACACUAAUGGCAGCAUCUACCAACAAAACCUCAUCAGCCUCCUUUCCUCCUUUUCCAACAAUUCCCAAAACCAAGCCAACUAUGGCUUUCACAACUCUUCUCUCGGACAUGGCUCCAACAAAGUGAAUGCCAUUGCCUUGUGCAGGGGAGAUCUAGCACUCGGAGAAUGUAGUAGCUGUCUCAGCGACUCCACUCAGAUUCUCCUGCGAAACUGUUCAUAUAAAACGGAAGCGAUCUUAUGGGCAGAGCCUUGCAUGGUACGGUGGUCUCAAGACUCAAUAUUUGGUAUUAUGGAAGAGGAUCCUUUUAUAUAUCUGGCCAGCCCGCACAACGCGUUAAACGCGCAAGCGUUCCUGCAGGUGCUCAACCCCUUGUUGGAAUUUUUAAGAGACAGAGCUACUUCAGGUGAUUCUCGAAAAAAAUAUGCAACAGGACAUGCAAUUGUUCCGGGAUACGAAACGAUAUAUGCACAUGCGCAGUGCACUCCGGACAUAGACAAAGUCAAUUGCAGUAAUUGCCUAAACAGUUGCAUCUCUGCUAUUCCACUAUGUUGCAGUGGAAAGUCAGGAACAAGAGUUCUAAAACCAAGUUGUAAUAUAAGGUUUGAGUACGGUCUUUUCUAUAAGUCUACAGCCGAUUCAGAAGUAAAUAUUUCAGCUCCAGCUCCAGUUACUCCAAAAACUCCAGUACUUCCACCUAAGCAAGGAAAGAAGAGUAACACAAAAAGAAAUAUCAUCAUCAUCACUGAGGUUGUGAUUGCUUUUGUCACUAUGCUUCUCGGUGGCAUAUGCAUUUUCUUAAGAGUUAAGCAGCUAAGGGUAAAACGUGACUAUGAUAUUUCUGAAGAAAUUAGCCUCGUAGAAUCGUUACAAUAUGACUUUGAAGCUAUAAGAUCGGCAACGGAUGACUUUUCUGAUGAAAAUAAGCUUGGACAAGGUGGAUUUGGAGCUGUUUACAAGGGUAGACUACAUAACGGACGAUAUAUCGCUGUGAAAAGACUCUCUAAGAGUUCUGAACAGGGUGAUCGUGAAUUUAAAAAUGAAGUCACGUUAGUUGCUCAACUUCAACACCGGAACUUAGUGAGCCUCUUAGGCUUUUGCUUGAAAGGAGAAGAAAGACUCCUCAUUUACGAAUAUAUACCUAAUAAAAGUCUUAAUCACUUCAUUUUUGACCCAACCAGCCAUGGACAUUUGGAUUGGGAAACACGUUACAAAAUCAUAGGAGGAAUUGUUCGUGGUCUUCUUUACCUCCAUGAAGAUUCUCGACUUCGAAUUAUUCACCGUGAUCUCAAAGCUAGCAACAUUUUGUUGGAUGAAGAUAUGAACCCUAAAAUUACAGAUUUUGGUAUGGCAAGGUUGUUUGUGAUGGAUCAAACUCAAGGAGAUACAAGAAGCAUUGUUGGGACCUAUGGAUACAUGGCACCUGAAUAUGCAAGUCAUGGGCGCUUUUCUGUCAAGUCAGAUGUCUUUAGUUUUGGUGUGUUAGUUCUUGAAAUAACUACCGGCAAGAAGAGUAGUAGUUUCCGGAAUGGUGAAAAUGACGACGACCUAUUAAGCUAUGCCUGGAGAAAUUGGAUGGAUAAUACAAUUCUAAAUAUCAUAGAUCCGAUGUUAACAGCAGGCGCAAGAUCUGAAAUAAUCAGAUGCAUCCACAUUGGUUUAUUAUGUGUCCAAGAAAAUAUGAAUGAUAGACCAACCAUGGCUGCAGUUGUUUCCAUGCUUAACAGUCAUUCUCUCACAAUCUCAGUACCUUCACGACCUCCAUAUUAUUGGCAUUAUAACACUGAUUUAGACACAUCAGGGUCGGGAUUCAGACUUAUUGAGACAUCUGCUAAAUCUGAAAGCUCUGUGUAUGUGUCUGCGGUUUCAGAUAUUACUGAACUUCAUCCACGCUAGGGGGCCAACUAUUUUAAUUUACUGCCAUUAAUGGAGAUCCCUAGCCUUUAUAUGUUUAAGUGAACGUCUGAGCUUGAUGGUUCCAUCAAAAUCAAUAUUGUUGCAGAAAGUUUAUGUAUAUCUAUCAGCUGAGGUUGAGGUCAAAUGGUUAAAGUUGAUGUACGUCCUUCUUAUCUUAUAUAUUUUUCUUUGUUAUUGAUCUAAAUGACCAAUUUGAAUUUUCUA